AAGUUCUUUUCAGAGCUCUCUGAUUGAGGUCCCCAACGUCCAAACCUUCUCUUCCAGCCACCGACCUUUUGUUCCUUUUCCACAUUGUUUUCCUUUCUCGACUUCAAUCACAUUGCAGCGAACUCGGCGAACUCUACCCUCCAUGGAAUAGAUCGCGCGCGGCGCAGAAAAUCAUUCGACUCGGCGAAGAUGGAGAAGGACUUGCGUUUGCGCCUCGUGGUUCGACGCCACGGCGUGCCUGAUGUCAAGCUUCUCUGGAACGUCACCGCCAACGAAGAUCUCACCAUUUCGAAGCUUCUCACCCAGGUCAACGAUGUUGUUCCCCUCGAGGGCGGCGAAUGGGGUCUGGAGGACUACGCCGUUGAGCUUAAGGACGCCUCUGGCGACGGCUUCGAAUGCGUCCACUACCACCUUGUCUCCAAGGUCCUAAAGGAUGAUGACCAAGUCCUUAUCCGCCCCCUUCUGACCGGCGACCUGAAGAGACGACGACUUAGCGGCCGACACCAGAUUUCUGCCGACGGAAAGCACCUCGUCGACGGCCUCGCAUUCGGACGCCCCUGGCUCAGAGCCCCCCGAGAUCGCCCUACUGUCGCCCUUCCCCCCAGAAAGAAGGCUCGCAUCACAUACACAAGUGAAGAUGAAGAAGACUCCCCAUCCGAAGCUGAGGUUCAGCGGCCCAUGCUGGAGUACGAAUCCACGAGAGCACAGGAGGAUUCCUCUAGCGUCCAGCUACGUACGCGAUUUUACGACGCAGAUCUAGGUGGCGACUCUGAGGAGGAAGAGGACGACUUCGAGCCCGCCGCCGCCCACGACGACGAUGACGAGGGCAUGGAUUCGGAAAAUGACGAUAUCCAGGAUGAGCUCCGUAUGCUUCGCGAAGACAAUGCCGCUGUUAGAGAAGGUGAUAUUCUCGAAGAGCUGCGGAACAUCAGAGACAGAAGAACAUCGAGUGGAACCGCCAGCAGCAGCCGCUCGUUGGAGACGUCUGAUGACUCUCCAGUGCCGUCAGCGAGCAACGCGCUGGUCAGAUCUGGAGGGAGGUCGAACAGGUUCCAGCUAAACCUGGACACACUCGAUAAGAUUGCAGCUCUGAGAGCCGCGUUUCCCAGCGCUCGGGUCUCCACCAUCGAAAGGACCCUGUUGAGAUACAGUGCAAACUCCGCACGAGCCUACCGUAAACUGGACAAGACUUUCGAACCCCGUCUCAGCCUACAGCAGACUCUGGAUCAUCAAGCGAGGAGCCUAUCUAGCAGUCCAAUCCGACACGCGAACUCGAACACGGGACGUGAGCUCGUUCUACGGGAAUCGAGUCUACUUGAGCGAUCCUCUCACGCCACAUCCCAUGACCAGGAUGAAGAGGACGAAGAUGUGGACGAGAACGAUAGUGAUGAAGCCUCAGAGACGCUCAACCACAAUGCUCACGCCGAUCAUGCUUCGAUUGGCAGUAACGAUGUCUCAGACUCGGACUCCGAAUCUAGCUCCGAGGGCGCAACAUCCGGGUCUGAUGAGGAUAUGGGCAAUACUUCCGACAAUGAUUCAGUGGCCUCCUCUUCCGAGAAUGAAUCCGACGACGAAUCGAGUGAGGUGGAAGGUGGCGGGCCUGUCAUGGACGAAGACGACUCAGACUCGGCUGACGAAAAAGUCUCGAGCUCAGACGACGAUUCGAGUUCGGACGGUUCUUCUAGCGAUGAGUCAAGUGUUGCAUCUGCAAAGGAGCGAUUGUCUGCCAGACAGGCUGCGAUCGUCGAGGUCUCAUCGGACUCGUCAUCAGAUUCAGACAGCAGCAGCGAAGAUUCUAGCUCGGAUUCUGAACCCGAGGAGCUUCCUAGCAAAACCCUCUCUAGCCAACGGAUUCUGUUUGACACGGUCAAACCCAAUGAGACUCUGAAGUUGCCUAAAGCCGCACCAGGCGCUGCAGCUCAACCCAAGCAAGAGCAGCCUGACGUGCCUCCUGGUCAGGGAUUGAGCAAGACGCAAAAGAGGAAUGCCAGGCGCAAACUUGCCAAGAAAAUGGCCGUCCAGACUAGGUCCCCAUCGGCUGCGAAUAGCGCAGAGUUAUCCCCGGCAGGAAUGUCUGAGGAGCUGGCAGCAUUUCAAGCACGGAAGCAAGCCCUACUUAACGCCCUUGCAUCCGACGGCCCAGCUGAAACCAGUCAGGAAAAGCCACUGGAGAUACCUGACUCAGCACCUCAAGAUGCCGCAGCAUCAACUGCUGACGCCGACAUCGACAUGAUGGAGACUUCACAGAGCCCCUCCGCGCAAGGAGCUGCCUCUGAGCGGCGCAUGAAGCCUAAUGUUGGAGCUGCCCGCCGCAUGCUAAUGGGAUCUUUGGGUCUCAAGAACCCGAAGAACAAGGCUGACGAAGACAAGAUUCGUCAAGACCUGAUGAAAGGUGUUCGACCUCACACCAACGCUCGUCUGUCGGAAGGGGCUUCGCAGCCUAGCGAAUCCGCACAGACCCAAGAAUUGGUAGAGGAAGACUCCGAAGCCUGGCGCGAGAAAAUCGCUUACCGAGCCGUAGAAUGCUGCCACGACGGCGUCGAGCUAUCGGAACCGCCCUUCCCUUUCGUCCAGCGUUGGGACCCUCAACAGCGGGUGGAAGAAUGGUUCGGUUCGAAGAAUAAGCGCGGGGGCAAGCGUAAGCGCGUACAGCGCGAUCAAGCUCAAUAUCACGAAGGCGGCGACUCUCAAUCGUCGAAGAAGCGUCGCGUAACCGAUGAAAGCUUCGGCGUUGCCUUCUCCGACGCGGUUGAGUCUGCUCAAGAGGGAGAUACGACACUCAAUUAUGAUGAUCCGUCUGACGAUCCGCCGGUAACUAAGAAACCUGCCGAAGAGAGCCAGGCGACGGACAUUGACGAUCUUCCUUCACUUCCGUCCGAUUUGUCUACUCUUCAGGACCUUCGUCCAGGAGAAGCCAAACUCGGCAUGGUCAUCACUUGGAAGCAACUGGCUUUGUCAUCGCAAACCAAUUGGCAACCCCAAGUGGUGAGCUUGACCGGCGUGCUCGUCAGGAUCUAUGAUGAGGAUGCAUCCGAUCUUGAGUUCAUCUUAGCUCAUCGCGAUCGAGGCGUCGAUCGAACCGAGAAGACGUACGACGAAGAGACUGGAGAAAGGGUGUACGAUCGCUUCGAGGCCCCCGAUGACGACGAAGACGAAGAGGCAGAGAACGAAGUCGAAGAGGGCCAUCGACGUGUGAAUUAUUUGGAACUGAUCGAGCCCAAGAUCGUGCAGCUUCCCCUGGACGAUGACACAAAAGCGGGCGGGAACGAGAAACUGAGUGCCUCGGAGGGCGAAAGUGAUCCUACGGACAGCGUCAUUCAUGAAACCAUUUACGAUGGCCAAAGUCAGCCUUCCCAGCUCAACGGAGAAAUUUCUGGUCAGUCCGAGGUGGGUGAAGUUGGAAGUCAGUCAAAAGUCGAUGCAAAGGGAAGUCGAGCCAGGGCUAAUACGGAUACGCAACAGCCUCAAGGCGUCGCGGGCAGUAACCCCCGUCUUGAUGCUUCCGCAGACGGCGAUGAGUCUAGUCACCCCGGUGUACACUUGGAAGGUGAUGACCACAACAUGGACGAAAGCGAUAUGCCUACCCCCCGAGCCAAAGACCAGCUGAAAGACGAUAAUAAUACGGUGCCGACAACAGAAGACGACUCUCAGAACUCCAACGGCAAUGCCCUCUCCAUCUCAUCGGAUCGUCGUCAUGAGAUCAGCAUCAUGAUCGAAGAAGCAGGCUUUCGCAAAGAUGUAUCACCAUCAGUCAUUCGCCGCAAGACUAGCAGCCCUUCCCGCCAGUUACUAGACCAGUUGGAAGCUGCCGAUACCCCCCGCGUGAUUUCAAAGUCCCCGCUAUCCCAAGAGAGUCUUGUGAACGUUACUCCAGCGCCGGAUAACAGCAGAGAUGCAGGUACUGGGGUCACCGACGACGGGAGUGUUCCGCCGCCGUCGUCUAUGAGUAGUAUUCGCAGUGGUCGGCAAGUCGACCCGGACGACUUUGGCUUCAAUAUGGGAGACGACGACGUACAGCAGAUGAGCGACAAUGGCCAUGGUUCUCCUUCUGUCGAUGCCUCGACUCCAAGACCCCAGGUACAUACGCCAACCAGAGAGAAGGACACUCCUGAGCCGAACUCGGGCGAGAAGUCUUCUCUUCCGUCACUAGAGAGCCUGUUCAAGACAGCCUCGCAACGAAAUUCGCAGAAGAACACCCAAAGCCCAUCCAAGUCUCAGAGCACGAAGCCGCAAAUGCGCCAAAUUGACGAGGCGGACGAAGACGAAGAGAACGAGGAAGAAGACGAUGAGACGCCGCGGAAAUUUGGAAAGACACGAAAGACGUUGUUUCCCAACUCGAGCCAGCCAGACUCCGAGUCACCAGACUUGCCCGAUCUCAAGCCGACUGCCAAGUCAGCGCCCUCGUCUUUCAUCGAGACGGAGGACGUUCAACCCCGUCUAUUGCGUGAGCGAGUCCGGACAGGUUCUCCAUUCGUGGUUCCUCCUGGAUCACAGGUAGUCACCUUAUCCUCGAGCCCGCCUAGCUCGCCACUGGAGGAGAAUUAUGCGGAAGACGACGUUGAUGAGGACUAUGAGGAGAACAACAGCAGUAGCCUUCCGCAUGGAUCCGGUUGGGUGCAGAAGAACAAGCCACCCAAGGCCAACCCGCGAGCGAAAAGUGUGCCGGCAGCAAGACCCACAGCCAAGACGGCGACUACGGGUCGACCCGUUUCUUCGAGCUCGAUGCCCGCGAGACCCGCCGCGAAGGGAAAGGGGCCAUGCAAGUCAUCAGCAAGGUUCUAG